GUCACCGGGCAGCCGGCGCCGCUGAAGUCGGCGCCGGAGCCGGCCGGCGCCGCCGCGCCCGAAGCUGACUCGAUCGUGUGCCCUGCGUGCGGCCGCUGCCGCUGCGAGGCGUGCCGCACGCCGCGCGUGCUGCCGCAGCGCCUGCUCUGCGGCCGCACGUGCCUGCUCUCGGCCGACACGUGCGUGGACUGGGCGUCGUGCGUGUGCUGCGUGAAGGCGGCGGCCUACCACUGCGCCGCCUCCGACAGCGGCUCGCCUGCUGUCGACCGGCCGUGCGCGUGCGGCCCGGCCGGCGCCAGCUGCUGCGUGCGCUGGACGGCGCUGCUGCUGCUCACCGCGCUCGUACCCUGCCUCGCCUGCUAUUGGCCGUUGCGCGCCGCUGCCCGGCUGGCAGAGGCCUGCUACGGCCUGUUUGGCCUUUUCCAGUCGAGCAUCCCGUAG